CAUCCCCAACCGCCCUCGCCCCCAUACAAACACGUGUCAAUAACAACAUUUUGGAUAAGUCCAGUCUUGUGAAUGUUCCAUCUAAAUAUUUAUUGUUACUUGAGAAGUGCGUCUAGUAGUGUCCGUGGCGAGAUCUUCCACGAUUUUACGGUAUAUUGUGCGACAUUUACAGAAUAGGACAGUGAUUUGUAUGCAUACAAGGGGACAGCCGUUGAUGUUCCCAUUCUGUGUAAUAUUCGUUUCAUUACGGCUGACAUAAUGGCAAUGGCUGAAGGGAUUAUGAAGAGACUGAGCGACAUUAAGCAAGAACGCCAGUGGAUCAGUGGAGAAAUUGAUUUUCUUAAUAAACGAGUCGAUGAUUUCAAAAGGAGAAUUCAACGAGUCGAGGCUGAGAUUAGUCAUCUGCAAGAAAUUCAGGACGCUGUUUCGAACUCUGAGGAUAGAUCAAGCAACAGACUCGCAGGUCUGAUGAGAGAACGGCGCCGACAUCUCGUUGAGAUGCAAUAUGCUCUACCUAGCGUCUAUGAGGAACUCAAAAGAUUGGUAAAAAGAUUUACAGGUACUUGAACGCUUUCAAUGCACUGUCAUUCCAAGAACACGUAAUGAGUGAUCCUACAAAGAAACGUAAUUCUACAAUGUGAAAAGGAGAGAACGACAUAAUUUAGGGUUACUUAAAAUUCAUUCAUAUCAAUUUAUAAUAAUGGCACAAUAAAAAAAUGAGUAGCGAAAUGGUAAAAUGAGUUAAAUAGAGAAUUGAUGUAACUUCAUUUAUCUAUAUAGGAAACCGGUCUGAUACACCUCCAAGAAGAAGCCCACGAGCUCCACAUAAACUUGAGUUUCACUACGAUGAGCAUAAGUUAGAAUUAGUCUAGGUCUAGGAAUUUAAUUUGUACAAUUUUCCCUUAUAAAUCAUUGUUGCUAUUUGUACGUGUAUCAUGAAUUAAACGUCGAAUAAAACGUUAAU